AAAAGGGAACCAGCUCUGCCUCACGGAAAAUGAAAGUUUCCUUUCAGAGAAAAGAGCUGUCAUAUGACAUCUGUAUUUGAACAGAGAAAUGAGGAAGUGCAAGGAGCACUGUGAGAGGCUCUGGAGUAGAAAGAGGAUCCCUGGGAAGAAAGACUCCGAGGAAAAGACAGAGACAGGAAAGGGAGAGGCCGAGAGGAUAGGCAGGUACUAGGCUGAUAACGAACUCAGAUCCCAAGGCAGGGCUUGCAUGGCCUCGCUGGGGGCCCGGGAGGAGCGGAAGCCCCUCAUAAGGCAGGAGGAGGCCCCUGGCAGGCCUGCCGCAUCUCCCUUUGAGGGCAGAAAGACUGCUUGUGCUGCUGUGCUGCUGGUGGAGAUUCUGGAGCGAACCGCUUUUUUUGGCAUCGUCUCCAACCUCGUCCUGUACCUCAACAGCAGCAACUUCAACUGGGGCGGCGCCCAGUCUUCGCGUGCGGCAUUGCUCUUCUUGGGGGCCUCCUACCUGUUUUCUCCCAUCGGGGGUUGGCUCGCGGAUGCUUACCUGGGCCGCUACUGGACCAUCGCAUUCAGCUUCCUGCUCUACUUGCUGUCGGCCUGCCUCCUGCCAACCGUGGCCUCGCAAGGUGGUCGGCUCUGGCUGUGCGGGGAGAUGCCAGCUUACCCAGUACAACCCCCCUGCAAAAAUGGUAGUACGGACUGCAACCAGCAAUUGCCAAGUCAAUAUUGUGCCCCUCUUAUGUACAGUGGUCUACUGCUCCUGGCCCUGAGCAUCAGCUCUGUCAAAGCCAACCUCACACCAUUUGGCGCUGACCAGGUGACGGACCGUGGCCGGGAUGCCACCCGACGUUUCUUCAACUGGUUCUACUGGAGCAUUAAUAUUGGGGCUGUGAUCUCUCUGCUGGUAAUUGCCUUCAUCCAGCAGAAUGUGGACUUUCUUACUGGCUAUGCCAUCCCUGCUGGCUGCCUGGCCCUGGCCCUCAUCGUCUUCCUCCUGGCUGCCCCCACCUUUGUCACAAAGCCUGCGGCUGGCAGUCAUGUCUACCCCAUGUUCCAGUUGGCCCUCCAGAAAAGCUGCUGUGGCCGAGCAAUCCAGAAGAUGACCACGAAAACCAGAACACACAGUAACCAGUCAGAAGCCGAGGCUAAUGGCUCACUUUCAGGUCCAAGGACUCAGCCUGUGGGGAUGUCACAUGAGAAUAUUGCCAACUUCCAAGUGAUAAUGAAGAUUCUACCUGUGUUGCUGACUCUCAUCCCGUACUGGAUGGUCUAUUUCCAGAUGCAGUCAACCUACUACCUGCAGGGUCUGCACCUCUACAUCCCCAAUAUCUUUCAGAAGAGUCAGCAGAACAACAGUGCUUUCUCAGUGGACACAGAUGGUCACUACACGUUCCCAGAUGCCUGGCUCCUUCUAGCGAAUGUGGUGGUUCUGCUGGUCCUGGUCCCACUAAAAGACCGGGUCAUAGACCCGUUCCUGUCAAAGAGGAAGCUAUUGCCUUCAGCACUAAAGAGGAUGGCUCUAGGCAUGUUCUUUGGGCUUGCCUCAGUUGUUGUUGCAGGUGUUCUGGAGUCUGAGCGUCUGAAAUACGUGAACAAUGGGACCAUCUCACAGAGAAUUGGGAAGGAUGUUUACAAUGCAGCCCCGUUCUACAUUUGGUGGCAAAUCCCUCAAUACCUGCUCAUCGGAAUCAGCGAAAUCUUUGCCAGCAUUCCUGGGCUGGAGUUUGCCUACUCAGAAGCUCCCAAAUCUAUGCAAGGAGCCAUCAUGGGUCUCUUCUUCUUCAUUUCCGGUGUGGGAUCACUUUUAGGAUCUGGCCUCCUGACAUUGCUCUCUGUGCCGGCCAUUGGCUGGAUGCACUGCCCAGAGGAUUUCGGGAACAUUAACAAAUGUCGGAUGGAUUAUUAUUUCUUCCUGCUGGCCGGGAUUCAGACAGUAACCUGUGUCCUCUUUGUCUGGAUCUCCAUCCGCUACGAGCACCAGCAGCAGCAGUCCCCCUGCCUCCGCUCUGCUGGCCGCGAGCACAACUAACAUCCUCUGCCUUCUUCCACCGGGACUGCAAAGAGGCGCCAGAGUCCCCUGGAUCUCAGCAUGCUGCAGAAUCCCCACCACUGUGGCCUAUAUGGUUAACUGCUGGGAUGUUGCGGAGGCCAAUGGUAUAUAAAAGGAUUAGAGAAAUUAAUUGGGGAUAGAGCUGUCAGUGGCAGCCAGCCAAAGACGACAACCGCACGUUCAAAGUGUCAUUAACGUCUUAGUUCUCGAAUCUGAGCCCGGGGAGCCCAAAUUAAUUAUCCCGGGAUAUAAGCCGCUGUGACUAAGUCACACAGACCCGUUCUCUGACCUGGCAAAGCUGCUCUUGCUCCUGUGAGUACUUAACAUUCCUUUUGCAGUUCAGCUGUCCUUUUUGGCGGCGGGAUUAAACCCAAAAAUAAGAGGGGAGUUCUCCCUGUAUCUCUCCUCCCUCUACCCCCCCUCCUUCUCGUGCCCCCUCCCAUGCCCAAGCCAAUGACAAGACCAUUCUCUCUUUAAGCCACUGUGCAGCCUUCUUGAAAGUCACCUCCUCGGGGAAAUUAUUCUCUCUGGCCAAGGAUAAGUGUAGCAAAUGGAGAUGUGGCUGGUGAUGGGUUAAGAAAUCAGAUAUAUACAGCAAAGCUUUUCACCCAAUGAGAUCUGGUGUGGAGGGAUCCACAGUCCUUUUCUGAGAAUGGACAUGGCCUUUAAGGUGUGCCCCAUCAGUUACUGAGAGCCAGUUUUGUCACAGAGAAAACGACACCUGUUGCCCUGCUUCUGGGGUGCAUGGCUUCUGUUAGAUGAAAAAAGAAAGCGGUGGGCGUGGGAUUUGAAGAGCACAACAGUGUUAAUGGGUUGGGCCCAGAGAAGAUGGAAAGGAAUGGCACUUGUGGAAUGGGGACUUCCUGACUGCUCCCUCCCACCUCAUGGCAGCCCUUAGGCACAAACAUCCAGCAAUGGCAGGAGGUGGGGUAUGGCAGGGACUGCAAUGGGGCAGGGAAAUCAGAGGAAUCUGACAGGGGUGUCCUGGGGAAGCUUUAAGUACUUUAGGACCCAUGUGGAUCCAAGCACUUGUUUUUUGAACGUAUGCAAUGUGAACCUAUGACACUUCAUUUUACAUGUGGGGAAUACAGGGGUAGAUCUAUAUUGUGGAAUGGAAACCGCUGUCACUUUCAAUUAAAACAAACAAACAACUGAUCCUCUGACUGAUCAAACUUCACUUACAAACGUGAGCCGGCACAAAAUCUAAAAUGAUGUUUCGAUCAUUGCUUUAGUAAGCCUUCUUGUGGCCUUUUUUAAGUCCAUCUCAGCAUUCUUUUUGGAAUGCAAAGAAGAGUAGAAUUAUCUUUGCAAUGCCAAAACUCCAAAAGUGAAAAGCUUGUUUCUGUGUGGAAGAAGCCAGGCAUAGAUGCGGGUCAAAGGCGACAGGUUGUUCCUAGUGUGGCAUCUUUAACUUGGCAGGGGCUUUAAUCUGGACCACAGCAUCAAAUGCACCCAGCUGGGCUGGAUUCCGCUGCAGCUCGUGUCAGCUCAGUGUGCUGGAUUUGCUCUUCAGCUGUCGUUAUGAAUUUUUAAAAUUAAAAUCAAUGCCAAACUCCCUAUAGAAACAUUCUGUGCUUGAGAAGACUCCCGUAGAAUCCCAGAGAGAAGUUGCACAGGGGCCUCGUCUUACUUUUCCUGGUAAUAUGAAAUCUAAUCCUAAAUGAUUUAUGACCAGUGGGCCUGUAGCUUAUCGGCAUAUUUGAGGAGUGACAGGAGGACGGAAGGUGGCAGUUAGAAGGGCCUCCCACAGAGACAAGUUUCAACAGCGCAGAGGAGAGGGCUCCUGUCAUUCAAAAUCGUUGCAUAGAAGAGGGGUUUUUUGGCAGGUGUCUCCUGCAAGGAUGGGGAAAGGGGUACUUGCUGAAUUUCCUUCCAUACAGGGAAAAAUUGGUGGUAGGAUAACAUCAGCUCUAGGUUGGGCAAGACACCCCUCCUGCUUUGAGUCUAGCACCUCAUCACAGUUCUCACCAGCUGCUGCCCCUCUUCCUUUUCUGCCUCCUCCUGCUACCACCUGCUUGUUAGCAGCAGAAAGCCAGUGAGCACCCAGGCAGGUGAAUAAGCAAGUAGGUUGCAAAGGUGGCGAGGAGGAGAUCCUCUUGCCACAGAGGUGUGGCCCCCUGGCAGACGACGGACUGCGCUGAUCUCUCGGUGCCGGUUCUGCUUCCUGAGUGCCUGACCUGAAUCUGGCUAGCAGGGAGUGUUGCCCAUGGCCAGCCAAGCAAGGAAAGCAAGCAAUUGAGUCCAAAACACAGAAAACUUCCGUUAUUUUCAAUUAUCAUUUAUUUUUAUUAACAAUGUAAGAAUUAAAAAUCUUCCAUAAAUAAAAGGACUUGCCUGGCAGCCUCCCAAUACUACAGGUAUAAAAUAUGAGCGAUUGUACAAAACUGUUAAAAGACACCAGGCACACAGCUGGGGUGAAAAAGGACCGGCCGGUGCUUGCUGGAGUUCUGCCCUUGCCCGGCUUGUUUUUUUUCUUUUUUGGAAGUGGGGUGUGGGAAUUGCGGGGAGGGGAAGAGCCCCAGGCUCAAAACUACAGGAAGGAAGGGACACUCGCUGUUCAAACCACCACAAUGGACACAAACUGGCAAUGAGGGUCAAAGCAAUAAGGGAGGUCCGGGGGAAAGAAGGCACCCCCACUGGCCCCCCAGGAUUCCCCUCC